GGGAAAGGUCGCAGCUCUGCCGGGGGUGCCUGGGGGAAGGUCUCGAACCACCGGCGGACAGCGCUGGGUGGCCAAGGAGGGGAUGAAGGAGGCCGGGGGUCAUGCUGAUACUUUUUUUCUGCAUUUGAUCCACGGUUUCAAAUGAACAAAGCCGGGAUUAACAGCUCCUGCCAUGAAGCUGAAGCCAAGAAAGCCUGUGACUGGCUGCGGGCAGCAGGAUUCCCCCAGUAUGCCCAGCUGUACGAAGACUCCUUAUUCCCUCUUGACAUUGGCGCUGUGAAGAAGGACCACAGCUUCCUGGACCAGGAUUCCCUCAAAUCCCUGUGCAGGAGGCUGAUGACCCUGAACACUUGUGCCUCCAUGAAGUUGGAUGUUCACUUUCAGCGUAAACAGAAUGAAGACUCUGAGGAGGAAGACCUGUGUGCCAUCAGCAACCGGUGGGCUUUCCAGAGGGACAGCAAGAGGUGGUCCCGGGUAGGGUCGGCCGAUGUCCUCUCCCAGGGCUCGGAGGCCUUGAGCUGCACCAUGAGGCCGGUGUCCAGCCACGAGAGCGUCCUCACGGACCUCAGCACCAACCCGGAGGCCGCGUCCCUGCACAGCACGGGCAGCGUGGGCAGCGUGGGUGGCACGCGUGGCACGCUGGGCACUGCAGCUGCGCCGUCCGAACCCCCGUCACCGCUCCAUCCCGCCGCCAGUGCCACCAGCUGCAGCCGGAGCGAGCAUUCCUCACUGGAGCAGCCCCCGAGCCGCAGAGAGGGCUCCAAGGAGAAGCCAAAGAAACGACGGUCUCGCAGCUUCCUGAAGCGGAUCGAGUCCCUGCGGAGGAAGGACAAGGAGAAAGCCAGCCCAGACGGGAGGGUGGCCCUGCACAGCAGCAAAACUCUCCCACCGGGAUGGGGGCCCCUGAAGAGUAAUGGGGACCUCGCAGCCACCAGGACCAACUCCUCUAAGAGAGAGAUACCCGCCUCUUUCCAUGGCAAAAAACACUUCUUCUCACUAUCGUACAGGACUAACCGCCCGCUCGGCGCCGGGGGCACCACGGAGGGCUCUGACCCCAACUGCAGCGGAGUUUCCCUGGAGGACUUUGACACAGCUGCCACGGCCAGCAGCGCCUGGGCUGCCGCCUCUGCGUGCCAGCGCCGGCGGGCUCGCCGUGGGGACUGCCUGGUCUACAUCCCCUGUGACCACAAGCCUGGCACCUUCCCCAAAUCCCUCUCCAUCGAGAGCUUGUGUCCCCUGGGCGGCAGUUCCCUGGCCCGCUGGGACCCGGGGAGCGUGGCCGGGGGGCUGGGGGCGGGUGGCAGGGGCGGCAGCAGCAGCAGCACGGAGGGCUCGUCCUCCCCCCGCGGCUUUGCCCGCCGGCGCCGCGGCUCCUGUAGCUCCCUGGGCAGCCGGGUCAGCGUCUACGACAACGUGCCGGACUUCGGCAGCAGCGAGGAUUUCUGCAAGGACGGGGAGGUCACCUAUGAGAACCUCGACGACAUUCUGCAGCACAUGUGGGGGCUGCAGCAGAAGGUGGAGCUCUGGUGUAAAGCCAUCGCCCCCGGCCUGGGUGGGGAGGAAGGAGGUGAGGAAGAGGAGGAUGAGGAGGAGUUGGAUUCGGGAGGGGAACCCUCCAACCUGCACUUCGAAGAGCGAUCCAUGUCGGACGUAGGCACCUCUGCCAGUGACUUUGACAGCACGGGGAACUCCCUCAACGAGGCUGAAGAGAUUGAGAUGCGGGAGCGCCGGGAUUCGGGGGUGGGAGCGUCGCUCACAAGGCCCUGCAGAAAACUGCGCUGGCACAGCUUCCAGAACUCGCACCGGCCCAGCAUGAACUCGGCCUCGCUGGAGAUCAACCGCCAGUCCUCGGCCCAGCUCAACCUGCUCCAGAAGUGCUCCCUGCUCCGGCUCACUGCCAUCAUGGAGAAGUACUCGGUGCCCCACAAGCAAGCCUGGACGUGGACUGUCCCCAAGUUCAUGAAGAGGAGUAAAGUCCCCGACUACAGGGACAAGAUGGUUUUUGGGGUGCCACCCAUUGUGAACGUGCAGCGCACGGGGCAGCCCCUGCCCCAGAGCAUCCAGCAGGCCAUGCGCUACCUGCGCAGCCAGUGCCUGGACCAGGUUGGCAUUUUCCGUAAGUCGGGGGUGAAGUCCCGGAUCCAGGCGCUCCGGCACAUGAACGAGAGCAGCCCUGACAACGUCAGCUACGCGGGGCAGUCUGCGUAUGACGUGGCCGACCUGCUGAAGCAGUACUUCCGCGACCUGCCCGAACCCAUCUUCACCAGCAAGCUGACGGACACCUUCCUGCAGAUCUACCAGUUCGUGUCCAAGGAGCAGCGGCUGCAGGCGGUGCAGGCUGCCAUCAUCCUCAUGCCCGACGAGAACCGCGAGGUGCUGCAGACCCUGCUCUACUUCCUGAGCGACAUCGCCUUGGCCGAGGAGAACCAGAUGACUGCUGGGAAUCUGGCCGUGUGCCUGGCCCCCUCCAUCUUCCACCUCAACGUGUCCAAGAAGGAAAGCACCUCGCCCAGGGCCAUACACAAGAGGGGCACCAUGGGGAAGCCGGACCAGAAGGACCUUAACGAGAACAUGGCUGCGACGCAGGGGCUCUCCCACAUGAUCACCGACUGCAAGAAGCUCUUCCAGGUCUCCCACGACAUCCUGCUGCAGCUGAGCAGCUCCUAUAUGGCUGCAGAUGCUUAUCCACACCCCCUGACUGACUUGGUAUGUCAGGGGGAGAGCAAGGAUCUGCACUCCUACUUUGAGCAGAGCGUCCAGAACCUGCUCAAAGAGUCAUCAGAAAAAUUCAAGGGGUGGCUGAGCAGCCCGGGGCCCCUGAACACAGAGCUGUCCUGCAAAAAGGUCGGGGACGGGAACCCUCUACGCCUGUGGAAGGUCUCCACGGAGGUCGAGGCCCCUCCGGCCACGGUGCUGCACCGGGUGCUGCGGGAGCGUCACCUGUGGGACGAGGACCUGCUGCAGAGCAAGGUGGUGGAGGCCCUGGACCAGGACAUGGAGGUGUAUCACUACGUGACGGACAGCAUGGCCCCCCACCCGCGCAGGGACUGCAUGGUGCUCCGGCGCUGGCGCACGGACCUGCCGCGGGGAGCCUGCCUGCUCAUGGCCCUCUCGGUGGAGCACGACAAGGUGCCGGUGGAGGGAGGCGUCAAGGCCGUCGUGAUGAAGUCCCAGUACCUCAUCGAGCCCAGCGCCAUGGGCCGCUCCCGAGUGACCCACAUCUGCAGGGCUGACCUCAGGGGCCGGUCUCCCGAGUGGUACAACAGAGUCUUUGGCCACCUCUGUGCCAUGGAGCUGGCGAGGAUCCGUGACUCUUUCCCAGCCCUGAGUCCCAGUGGCCCUGAGACGAAGAUCUGAGGUGCCAGGAAGAUGCUCUGUCCUGCCUAACAUGGACUCGCCGUGGGUCUGGACUGGGGCUCUCAGCAGGGAGCACGGCGUGGGCAGUGCCCGUGGAGGGGGAGGCAGAGGCACAUAUUUAUAAAUGUCCUUCCACCCCGGGCUGGGCAGUCCCUGUCCCACCAGCCCUGAAGCGCUGCAGGGCAGAGGGUCACAGAGGAAAAGCCACGCAGCCCCUGUCCCACAGGAGGGGUGGGGGAAGAGGAAGAGGGGCUGUGGGGUGACCCCAGGAGGGCAGCCUGCGGCAGGAGCUGGGUCCCCCAACGCCAGCUGGGAGCAAUGGUGGGGGCGAAGGAGUGUGGAGUGAGGGGGGAGGACACAGUAGGAUGGAGCAGAGAGGACGGGGCCGUGUCCACAGGUCGCAGAGCUGUGUCGGGAAGUGCAGGGUGGGCAGUGAGGGGUGGAGUGUGUCUGUGGUGUCACCCGGCAGGGACAGCCAGCAGGUCACAGUUUGGUAGUGGAAGAGGCUGCUGUUCUGGGAGGAGGGGGGCUCCCCAUGGAUACAUAGGUACAGCUCGAGUGCCAGCCCCUGUCGAGGGGCAGAGGGAACCUGUUGCAGCUUUGGUGCUGAAUUCAUGGACGAAGCAGCCCUGUACUCCUGGGCCUCGCUCUUCCUUGGCUAAAAGCCCUCUUGUGCACUUGGUUUCAGUGGGGCUGGAUGAACAAUGUUCCAAGCCAAGCCCAUCCCUCUUAACCAGCCAACCUGCCCUUAUUGGGGCAGGACAUGUCUGGAGCCCCAGAGCAGCUGUCCCUGAGUGGGCUACAAGGGGAAGGGGCAAUGCCUGGAAGGCAGGACAAAGGGAGGGAGGGAGGGACCCCCUGGAACAGCAGCUCCCCUUUCUUUGCUGCCAUCAGGGCUCAGGGCCAUGCCCUGAGAGGGGAGAAGGGCAGAGCAGCACUAGCUGCUCCAUGGCAGUGCCCGGGGCUGGAGGCACCCUGAGGACAGUGCAGCAGAGUGUGGUUGCCCAGGCUGGGUCACCCCUGUGCCAGCUGCUGGGCCCAGCUCCAUCCCCUCCUGGCUGCCAGGGGUGGUGGGAGAUGGAAUUGCCCAGGAAUCACCUCUUCGGGCAGCCACAGGGGCACAGCCCAUGCCCUCUCCCUUCCACAAAGAUGUCCAUUCCCCUUGCCAUCCCUCCCUUCCCUCCAUGCAGAAACUGUCCACCGAAGCUGUCAGCACAUGGGAGACGACCUGAUUUCUCCAUUCAGGAAGGGACUCAAAUUCCCAGACAUUGUUCCAGCUGGAAGGCAACGCGACCCACGUGCUGGGGACCCCCAGUGUCAGUUUGGCCCUAACAUGUCCUGUCUGUCUUUUGGUGAAAAAAGCACAAAUCAGCCUCUAGUCUGUGUUUUUAUAUAUAUAUGUGUUUUAUAUAUACAUAUAUAUAUAAAUAUAACUAACAUUUGGGGGAGUGAAUUUUCUCCUGAUAUUUUUUUAAAGUGUUUCUUUUUUUCUAUCUAUAAAUACUUGUACAGGUGGAAUAUUAAUAUAUAACUGGUGGCAGAGCUCAGCACCAGGUGAUGCUCACUUAGAGCCAGAUAUUUUGUAUUUAAGGGACUUUUGUUUUGUAUCAUAUAAAACUUCAACAAUUGUUUGACUUGGAUGGGGGCUGCUCUUCCCAUCCGUGCAAUUAAUAAAGUACUAACGAGA